AUGGUCGAAGCCAAUUGGUUUAGCAGUGGACAUGUACCUACUCUUGCAAAUUACCUAGAAAAUGCAGUAACAACAUCGGGGUCAUACAUGGCAUUGGUCCAUAUUUUCUUCUUGCUUGGCGAAGGAAUUAGUCUUGGAAAUGUAAAAUUAAUGGAGAAACCGUAUCCAAAAAUAUUUUCACGUUCAGGCAAGAUUCUUCGACUCUGGGAUGAUUUGGGCACUUCAAAGGAAGAGCAAGAUCGAGGAGAUAAUGCUUCGAGUAUACCUUUGAUCAUUGAUGAUCCGAUUUAUCGCAUCUUCCCGAUCUGA